AUGUCCCGUCAAGCUGAUGUAAGAGCUGAAAUCUCUAACUUCAGAAUAUUUUAUGGAGAAAAUAUCUAUAAAGCAUGGGAGAGGUACAAGGACAUUAUCAGGAAAUGUCCUAACCAUGGGGAAGAAAUAUGGGGAGUCUUGCAGACUUUCUAUAAGGGUAUUGACCAUACUUCUCAAUCUCACUUGGAUUUUGCUGCAGGAACUGGAACUCUUGAAUCCAGAUAUGAAAUCAUAGAAAGCAAUGCAGAAUGUUGCCUUCACUGGCCUUUAGAAAGAAUAAACCCAGUCAGGAAACCAGGCAUGUUGGAGUUGGAUAAACAAAUUGCCAUGGAAGCUCAACUAGCUGCCCUAAUGAAUGAAGUAAAGAGUUUGAAAGCUGACAUAAAUCAUCCCAAAUCCAAUGUUUUACAACUCACAGCCCCAGAAAGUGAACCAUGUUCAGCAUGUGGUGACCAACAUGACUCAACAGACUGUCCUUCAACAGCUCUGGUGUGUUAUGCAGAAAAUUUUGGGAGCAGGAACUUCAAUCAAGCCAGAGACAAACAGUACGUAGGUCGCAACAACAACCCAAAUUUUAGAGCAUUUGAUCAACAAAGAAGACCAAGCAAUGCUCCAUUCCCCAGAGAUGAACAACGCAUCAGUGCAUUGGAAAAUUAUGUGAAAGAAUAUGUCACCAGAAAUGAUGCAAUUGUUAGAAACAUUGAAUCCCAUCUGGGGCAAAUAGCUGUCAGGCUUAACACCGGAGUACCAGGCAAACUGCCAGGGGACACUGAAGUACCUUCAACAUCCUCUCCAGAACAGAUCAAAACAAUUACCUUGAGGAGUGGGAGAGUUGCUACACAAGCCUCAAACACUUCCAAGACAACAACCAUAAGCACUGAGGAGGAACCUAAUAAACCAGUUGAGGCAUCUCCGAGUAUUUCACACCAUGAACAACAUCAAAAGCAGGCAGCUGGCCAACUCACAGAAAACCAAGGACAUGAGGAACGAACUAUGACUGAUGAGCAAACUCAAGCUGAAACCAGUUAA